AUGUUGCCGAAUAAAGAUAUCUGUCUGGGCAUAAUCGUUCUCCUGGCCUUUACGUCAUUAGGCCAGGCCGCGCCUCCAAAUGGGAGAGUGGUCAAUGGAACAGAUUCCACCGUGGAGAAGUAUCCCUUUGUGGUAUCUUUGCGCUUCUCAGAUGGCUCUCAUUCCUGUGGUGGUUCCAUUAUUUCCCAGCAUUUUGUGAUGACCGCCGCUCACUGCACCAAUGGACGCUCGGUGGAGUCCUUUUCGGUGCAGUAUGGAGUGACCAAUAUUAGUUCUGGGGGUCCCAAUGUGGUCCGUGUGAAGAAGAUUAUCCAGCAUGAGGAAUUUGAUCCUUGGAGGCAAAAUGCCAAUGAUAUUUCCUUGCUAAUGGUGGCAGAGCCCUUUGUCUUCGAUGGCAUCCAUGUGGCUCCCGUAACCUUGCCAGCUUCGGCCUUUGUAGUUCCUCAAUCCAAUGCUGGUGUCCAAGGCGUGCUCAUUGGAUGGGGUUAUAAUGAUACCUAUGGCAGUGUUCAGGAGACUCUGCAGGAGGUUUCCCUGAAGAUCUAUUCGGAUGAGGAGUGCACUCUGCGACAUGAAGGACAAACGGAUCCCAAAUAUCACAUCUGCGGUGGUGUGGAUGAGGGCGGUAAGGGUCAAUGCAGUGGGGAUUCCGGUGGUCCUUUGAUCUAUCAAGGUCAGCAGGUGGGCAUUGUGUCCUGGAGCAUCAAGCCUUGCACUGUGGCCCCUUAUCCUGGUGUCUACUGCAAGGUUAGCCAGUACAUUGACUGGAUCGCUCGCAAUCAAAUCAUAUUGGCUGAGUCACAGAUUGAUCAAUAA